UUCCUACGUCACCCAAAGAGCAGAUUUCAGCGCCACUGGUGGACGAUUCCGGCAUUUUCAUUGAUUAAUAAAUUUGUCCAUAUGAGCGAGUGAAAAACAAGCAUCGACUGAUCCAUUUUCCGGAGUACUCGCGUCGAUACUCGGAAGUGCAAUUUUGCUGUCGCGUGUAAAUACACCGUAUCGGGCUGUAUCUUCUUCCUUUUUUUUUUUUUUAAUAUUUUAUCUUCACGCUAUGCACAUCACACGCAUCGGGGUAUAAUUGACAGGAGAAAAACAAAUACGUCCUGUAACACUGAAGGAAUAUAAAAGGAAUGGCAACCAUGGGCGAGCCUCUCACUUUAGCGAGGGAUGUCAAAAGGUCGAUAGAAUUAUUAGACAAAUUACAAAAGGGCGGCGAGGUUCCCACAACAAAACUGGCAGCGUUGCAGAAAGUGUUGCAAAGCGAUUUUCUCAGUGCAGUACGAGAGGUAUACGAGCAUGUGUACGAGACGGUUGACAUUCAGGGUUCGCAGGAUGUGCGCGCGUCUGCAACAGCGAAAGCAACCGUCGCUGCUUUUGCUGCCAGCGAAGGUCACGCACACCCGCGCGUAGUGGAACUGCCGAAAACCGAAGAGGGACUCGGUUUCAACGUAAUGGGAGGUAAAGAGCAAAACUCACCGAUUUACAUAUCUCGCAUUAUUCCCGGUGGGGUUGCCGACAGACACGGUGGUUUAAAACGUGGGGAUCAACUUCUGUCCGUUAACGGAGUGUGCGUCGAAGGUGAGAAUCACGAGAAGGCGGUGGAGUUACUGAAGCAGGCGCAAAAUUCCGUGAAAUUAGUAGUUCGUUACACUCCACGCGUUCUAGAAGAGAUGGAGCUGCGUUUCGACAAACAGAGGGCCGCUCGUAGACGCCAACAUAUGCAAUAAAUAAAAUAGGUGCAAUAUACUUCAUUAUAUUCCGAGAAAGUAAUUAUCAUGGUUAUUGUAUUCACACGUCUCAACUACGUAGGCUCAUAGUUACAAUUUGACUCGGAUAUAUAUCAUCCUAAUGACUAUAUUCAUGUUCUCCUCAUUCAUCAAUAAAUAUAAUCGUUCACCUCUC